CGCGCCCUGCGGAGCCCCCGGACAGAGUGGGUGGGUGGGGCGCGGCUCGGUCAGCUGAGUGGCAGUCACGGGACGGCGACCAGCUUCGUCUGGUUUCCUACAGAACAGGGAGGGAUGAGCGGGGGUCUUCGAGUGCGACAGGACAUGGAGAAGGAGUGGGAGACUCUGAAGGCCUGGAAGGAGCGCGUGGGGCAGGAGCUGGACCGAGUAAUGGCCUUCUGGAUGGAGCACUCCCACGACCAGGAGCAUGGGGGUUUCUUCACAUGUCUGGGCCGUGAUGGGCAGGUGUAUGACGACCUCAAGUAUGUCUGGCUGCAGGGGAGGCAGGUGUGGAUGUACUGUCGCCUGUACCGAAAGGUCGAGCGCUUCCGCCGACCUGAGCUCCUGGACUCAGCCAGAGCAGGGGGAGACUUUUUGCUGCGCCAUGCUCGGGUGACACCUCCUGGGAAGAAAUGUGCCUUCGUGCUGACGCGGGACGGCCGCCCCGUCAAGGUGCAGCGCACGAUCUUCAGCGAGUGUUUCUACACCAUGGCCAUGAACGAGCUGUGGAGGGUCACAGGGGAUGCGCGCUACCAGAGCGAAGCGGUGGAGAUGAUGGAGCAGCUCGUCCGCUGGGUGCGGGAGGACCCGUCGGGGCUGGGCCAGCCGCGGCUCUCGGGGGCCCCUGGCGCCGAGCCCAUGGCAGUGCCCAUGAUGCUGCUGUGCCUGGUGGAGCAGCUCGGGGAGGCGGACGCGGAGCUGGCGGCCAGAUACGCGGAGCUGGGGGACUGGUGUGCCAGCAGGAUUCUGCAGCACGUCCAGAGGGACGGGCAGGCUGUGCUCGAGAACGUGGCCGAGGAUGGCAGGGAACUUGCUGGUUGUCUGGGGAGACACCAGAACCCAGGCCACGCCCUGGAAGCUGGCUGGUUCCUGCUCCAUCAUGCCAUCCGGAAAGGCGACCUCGAGCUACGCGCCCACAUUAUCGACAAGUUCCUGUUGCUGCCCUUCCGAUCAGGAUGGGACCCUGACCAUGGAGGCCUGUUCUAUUUCCAGGAUGUCGACGGUCUCUGCCCCACCCAGCUGGAGUGGGCCAUGAAGCUCUGGUGGCCUCACAGCGAAGCCAUGAUUGCUUUCCUCAUGGGCUACAGCGAAAGCGGGGACCCUGCCUUGCUUCGCCUCUUCUGCCAGGUCGCGGAGUACACCUUCCGCCAGUUCCGUGAUCCCGAGUACGGGGAAUGGUUUGGCUACCUGAACCGAGAGGGCAAGGUCGCCCUCACCAUUAAGGGAGGUCCUUUUAAAGGCUGCUUCCACGUGCCGCGGUGCCUGGCCAUGUGCGAGGAGAUGCUGGACGCCCUGCUGAGCCGCCUCGCCCCGGCCCCCCGGCCCCAGGCCCCGGCCGCGGUGCCUGCCCGCCCAGGCGCGGAAUAAAGCUGAGCCUGC